GAACUGUUGUGUUCACAUCUGGAGUUCCUCUGAGGAGAACCCUGGGACUGGACUCAAACCCGCAGCAUGUCGACAACUGUGCAGAUGAAUUCAGAAGGGGAGCGGCGGUACGGAGGAGUCGGACGCUGCAAGUGCUCCUUUUGGUUCGCAGUGGCCCACGACAUACUGGGAGUCUUCAUCAUGAUGGUGGGCCUGUUUGGAGGCCUGGUGGUCCACGACUUGUUCAUCUACGCAGGAGGCAUCAUUAUCUUCCUCAGCCUGAUCUGGUGGCUGUUCUGGUACUCCGGGAACAUCGACGUGCCGCCAGAGGAUCUGGAGGACGACGUGGGCAAAAGUAAAGCGGGACUUGGACACGUGAUGAGAAGUGUCUCCCGGAAACUCUCCAGUGGGAUCAGGAACUCUUUCAGGAGGAAGAGCAGACCCUCAAACACCGAUGCUGCGCUCUUCACUAUCUUUGACAGCUCCAUGGCUUCCUCCACAAGAGAACACUCCAGAGAAACUCUGUCAAUAUAGACUCUCUUUUAUGGAUUAUGUUGUUUGUUGAAGAAUCUGCAAGCGUGCUGCAAUAAUGAUAUGACAACACUGCCGUGAUAAGAUGCUUUUAUUGCUGAUAAGAAGCAACCCUUGCUCACGUUAAUGGUUCCAUGCUGAAUACCAGUCCGCAUUUGAGCACCUUUCAUAGUGGCAAAAAUGACUGUCAGUGUGCAACAAAAUGCAAAGCAUUAAUUAUCUGGAGACAUUUGUAAAGAAUAACUUUUUCAAAAUCGCUCGGAAAUAAACACAUUUAAAAGUGAGGAGGUGUUCCCUCGCUGAGUGAGACAAAUGCCUGCAAGUGCCUUGUAUCAUGGAAACUGGGACCUCAAAAAAAGGCGCUGAAAUUGUCGCUUUUCACAAUGAAAUCUGUCUACAGGGAUUCAAAAGUCACAUUUAGCGAAAUGUCGCCAAGUUGGCAACACUUGUGUUUAAUCUGUGGGGUCAUGAAGUCACUGUCACCUGCUGUCUGAUUGAGCUCAUUUCGACGAAUGCUGUUCCAAACGUUGAAUUAUAUACAUUAAAUAAAGGCCAGGCAACAAUACUCUGUAAAACAAAUAACAAUGUGGAGAGAAAUAAGCAGCUGGAUGGACAUAUGCACUCUCUUGCUAUGAGUAAAGUUAAGUUUGUGAAUUGAUCUGUCCAUUGUUGUGUUGUACAGCUGUUUGUCCACAAAAGAAUAAAAAUAGAACUAUGAAAAUCAGUUUUGUGGGAGACUGCGACAUUAAACUGA